AUGCUGACACCCAUCUGUGGAACUGCCGUGGCACCGGUGGCCUUCCAAAACGGAAGUGAACUACGUGCUGCCGUCAUUGCUUGGCAGUUGGACGCCGAGAGAAGCCGACUGAUCUCGACCUAUGGCAACAUUGGCCGCUGGGAUGUCUCCCAGGUGACCAAUAUGAGCCGACUGUUCUCCGAACAACGGCGGUUCAAUGAAGAAAUCGGAGACUGGAACACCUCUGCAGUGACCGACAUGGAGUACAUGUUCUCCGACGCCGAGGCCUUUAACCAGCCCAUUGGAUCAUGGAACACCUCUGCAGUGAGCAACAUGGCGUUCAUGUUCUAUCGGGCUAAGGCCUUCAACCAGCCGAUCGGAUCAUGGAACACCUCUGCGGUGACCAACAUGAGGUCUAUGCUCUCCGGUGUCCAGGCCUUCAACCAGCCGAUUGGACCAUGGAACACCUCCGCAGUGACUAGCAUGGUGGCCAUGUUCUGGGAUGCCAAGGUCUUCAACCAGCCCAUUGGAUCAUGGAACACCUCUGCAGUGACCAACAUGGCGGCCAUGUUCCAUGGUGCACAGGCCUUCAACCAGCCGAUCGGAUCAUGGGACACCUCCGCAGUGACUAACAUGGUUUCCAUGUUCAACGGCGCCGAAGCCUUCAACCAGCCGAUUGGGUCAUGGGACACCUCUGCACUGACCACCAUGGUGUCCAUCUUCUCCGGCGCGAAGGCCUUCAACAAGCCGAUUGGAGCAUGGGACACCGCUGGAGUGACCAGCAUGGCGUACAUGUUCAACGGCGCCGAAGCCUUCAACCAGCCGAUUGGAUCAUGGAACACCUCUGCAGUAACCCAGAUGAUGAAUAUGUUCUCCGGCGCCAAGGCCUUCAACCAGCCAAUUGGAUCAUGGAACACAACUGCAGUGACCACCAUGGCGUACAUGUUCCGUGGCGCCCGCGCCUUCGACCAGCCGAUGGGAUCCUGGAACACCUCCGCAGUGACCAGCAUGGUGGCCAUGUUCGACGGCGCCCAGUCCUUCGACCAGCCAAUUGGAUCGUGGGACGUGUCUGCCCUGAAAAGCCACGAUCGCAUGUUUCACGCCCUGAUGCCGCCGUGCGAAGCAGGCAGAGGUCCCGGCCGGAACCAGCUCAUGUGCGAGCGCUGCGGGGUUGGGCAGCACGCCCCAGCAAGCGGUUUUUGCCAAGGAUGUCCGGCAGGUGCCGUGCCCUCAGAUGAUCGCGGCACAUGUGUCGAGUGCCCGAUGCUUCACUACUCCGCGAGAGGCCGUGACAAGUGCCUUGCGUGCAACCCGCCGCUGGUUUUGGCAGAUAACCACUGUGUGUGGUGGCACCUGCCCCUUGUAGCACUUUGUGUGGCAGGCUUGGCCGUUGCGGCUCGUCUGCUGCACGGGUGUAACCGUGCAAGGAAAGCUGGGAAGAUCGAGCGCUUGCUGCAAGACAUGUAUGCGGAGCUGUGGGACGAAGGACCAACCUUUGCGGCCACUUACUCCAAGAAGUUGGAAGGCCUUGGGUGUCAGAAGGCAGCGGAAAGAAUUGGCGAGAUGCGUGCCAUACAGAGCCAAAGAGCCGGCGUGAGCACUGCAUAUCUCCUUUCACCCGAGUUUUCGCAGCUGGCUAUAGAUCGCAGCGGCAAAGAUGACCCAACUUUUAUCGAGCUAAAGACGGCAUUCUGGCUUUCUGGCGCACCGAUUGGACAAGACAUUAUUUGUCCUCGUGAUGGCAGAGCGGGAUGCGCGCUCGUCGACUGGAUGCCCCGUGAACACCGCCGCGAACAGACACAUUUCAUGAGCUGGACCUGGAAAUACAGCGUGCAGCAGGUGCAAAGUGCGUUGCAGACGUUUCAGGGCUGCCUGGGGGCACAACCAUGCUACUUGUUCGUGUGUUUCUUUGCGAACAACCAGUUCCGCAUCAUUGUGGAAGGAACCACUGUGGGGAGUGAUGACCUCGAAGAUGUUUUUGAGAGCAACCUGAAACGAAUUGGCAAGAUGGUGGCAAUUCUGGAUACUUGGGACGCACCAAUGUACCUCACUCGUAUCUGGACGGUGUACGAGCAAUAUGUGGCCUCCACUAUCCAAAUUGAGGUUCAGUUCAUCAUGCCGAAGGCAGCAGCCAACCAUCUCCAACGGCAGAUCGCACGCGGUUCUGAGGGCAUCAACCAGGUGAUCAAAGCCUUGAGUCAAGUGGAUUCCGAAAAAGCUGAAGCUUGGAAGUUGGAGGAUGAGAUGAAAGUGAAGUCCUUGAUCCAGGACUCCGUGGGUUUCCACGCAGUUGACGUUCACGUCACGAAUGUCAUGACGACGUGGAUUGGGAAGGUCUUAGAACAAACGUGCCGAGAGCUGCUGGAGAGCGCACGUGUCACGGAGGUGUCCAAAAGAGAAGAUUGUCGCAUUGGCCAGGUGACAUCAAGCAGCGCAGAUUCAAAAGGCGAACCUUUGUUCCUGGCCAAUUUUUAG